UCUAAAAUCCAAACCUAUUUUCAGCGAAGACUUGUUCCAGACUUUUCCUGUCACUUCUCCAUGAUCAUGUCUCUUCUUUGCUUCCAUUCCCUUUUCCGGCAAGUGGUGUCCACGCUACCGUCGCGGCGGUUACUCAACGCCGUUACGUGGACACUUCUCUUAAUCGUUACCGUGACGGUGGCAUCGGUGGCUCCUGGGGUGGCUUUUCUGUUGGCGAUAUCUCCACCUUCGUCGUUCUCAUCCAAACAACCUUGUAACGGUGUCGGUGGUGAGUUUGUGAGAAUUCCUUUGGAUUUUCCCACAGAGAUUGUGUGUUUGCCCCAACAUGCGGUUAUGAGCAGGUCCGACCUAGAUUUCUUCUUGCCAACGUUGUUCGCUGCUUUGGUUGUCGGUGCUUCAACUUGCCUCCUUCGUUCAGUGGCCUGCGCCUGAUCAAGAUAGCUAUUUUCAUGUACUCUUAUCCCUGAAUUCGUUUGCAUGUUGUGGUUGAUCAAUUGGGGUUGUUCAUAUGCAUUUACUAGAAUUUUAGCCUAUAUGUUUUUCUUUCUCAUGUUACAUAGAGAAUGACUAGAAUAACUGCACUUCUAGAUUGUGAAAGAAGUUCUUUCAAUACAGAGUGAGAUGGUGGUUUCCUUCACAAUUCUCUCUUCAUUUUUGUUUUUAUUGGAGUUUCCUUUUCAUUUAGUACUUGAAUAUGAAUGUAGGGUAGGGAAAUGUAUGACAGAAACAACCAAA